GAUUUCUUGCGUCUCGAAUUGAUCAAUCGGCGAAGCUCUAACCGUGGAUCGGACAGUGUGAUCCAGUCGUGGCCUCGGAAAUGCCAGGCACGCUCGCGAACGACGAUCGAACACGCGACCAACCGGUCGACAGGCUUCCGCGAUACAUCCUGGUGCUGCUGGCCAGCCUGUCCGCGUUUUCGAUUGGCACGUAUCUGGCGUGGAGCUCGUCAGCCUUGUCGAUCCUUGGUAAAAUCGAGGGGUUGACGAUCAGCAAACAGGAAGCGUCCUGGAUCUGUGCCUCGGUGCCUCUAGGUGCCACAGUUGGCAGCCUGCCAGCGAGAAUAAUCGCGGACAAGAUAGGUCGGAGGAAGAGCAUUCUGCUAAGCAGCCUCCUGUUAUCGUCGUGCUGGUUCGUUAUCGGGUUUGCGCGAAGCAAACUAUGGAUCUCCUUGUCGCGCGUCGCUGCUGGCGCAGCCUGCGGAGCGUCCUCCAUCUUGGUUCCUACGUACGUCUCCGAAAUCGCCGACGAGGGUAUCAGGGAAUCGCUGUGGACGAUUCUUCAGCUCCAAAUCGCUUUUGGAGUCCUGUUCGCCUACGCGACAGGUUUCAGCGACAGUUUGCUCCUGAUGGCGAUCCUGUGCGCGUUUGUCCCUGGAUUUCUCACGAUCGCGUCCCAACUGAUACCAGAAUCUUCUGUCUGGUUGAUCGCGCAGGAUCGUCGAGGAGAAGCAGACGCGAUCGCGAAACGUUUCGGGGGAAGACUCUGUCUCAAUGAAGAGGAGACUUGGAGGUGGCAAACAGGGACCGUUUCAGAGCUGAGGAAUCAUGGAAGGGCGACGAUCAUCGCUUUGGGUUUGACGAUGUUCCAACAGCUGUCAGGGGUGAACGCCGUCACGUCCUACGCCAGGAGGAUAUUCGAACACGUAGGGUUCCCCCUAAGCUCGACAAUUUCUGCUCUUAUCUUAGGAUUGACAUACGUGAUCGCUACGUUGCUCUCGACAACGGUCGUUGAUCGUGUUGGGAGAAAACUUUCACUGUUCCUUGGCAUGUCCAUCAUGUCUGUCUGCAUGUUCGUUCUGUCGGGGUAUUUUCGCCUUCAGAAAACGCACGAGGUGUUAAGCUUCAGCUGGCUGCCUUUUUUCUGCCUCGUGAUCUUCAUCGGUGCUUACAGUGUCGGCUGCGGCCAGAUACCUUGGAUCAUCGUCGACAAGAUCUUCCCAAACGACGUCAGAUGGACCGCAAUUACAGCCUGCGUGAUUUGUUAUUGGACAUCAGCGACUGUAGCGACGAAAUGUUUCCAGGACAUGGUGGAUUUCAUGGGGAUGUCUUCGACGUUCGCCACUUAUGGAAUGGUCAGCUUGAUCGGUAUCUCUUUCGUCGCUAUUUUGGUACCGGAAACGGAGGGAAAGAGCGUCGAGGAACUGCAGAUCGAGAUGCACGAGACACAGCGUGAUUAUGUGACCUGUAUCUAGGACUCGCGAGUUUGCAGAUAAUGGUGAAAAUGAGGACGAAUUACCACGGUGGAGUCCUGAAAUCUGGUCCAAGAGAGACAAGAACGCCCCAAGGAUCAACGAUCAUGGAUUUUAUUCGCAUGUUUAUUUUCAUUCGUUCGAUACGUAUGCAGACGAUAUAUCACAUAAUACAAUGAACUGCGCACUGAAUUCGAUAGCUCGGUUUUCGGACGUCCCUCUGCCCCCGGACGAAACGCGCGUGAUCUACGUCCGACUCGCGACAAUAAACGCUUUGGAAAAAAUCUUGAUACACCCGUACAAAAAUUCCCGACGAGUUCUCCAUUUGAAUUGCAUCGGUAUAACAAUACUUAUAUGUUCAACCCCAAAAGUGCCCCAAAGGAAGCCACGGAAAUGGACAAAAUUUCAUUCGAAUAACACACCACGAAUAAACCAUCGCGUUAAAUAUUUAUUCGUUCACCGCGACACGUUCCUAUCGAUAUGAGUCAAUUUUUGAUUUUUAUUCAAAGAGGAAGAUAACGAAUAAAUUAAUAGACCAAUUUUAAUUUUCAUUCGUUAUUCGAAAUUCGCAGCGAGAUAAGAAUUCUGCACAUUUCCGGGGAACUCCCAGUCUCAGCGACCGCCUCGACCAGUGCUGUUCGACUUAAGCCCCCACUCUGUCUCCUUUGGUCAAGAACAACGAGCAUUCGUAAAAACAUAAUACUGCGCGUGGUGGGGAGACAAGACCGCGCAAGUGGCGCCGUCGGUGGACAGCACUGGUACCAACGAAUUCGAAGUUUUCGUGGCGGGCAGCAUACGUUUCUGUUAUUCGAGAGGUAUACAGUGACACGAAUGCAUACUCUUCUUCUUCUCGACAAAUUUUCAGUUGUUACGUAACUGAAACAGUAGGAAAUACAUCGUGUAGCACCUCGCGUGACCUGUUGCCCGUAGGUUAAAUUAGUACUACUUCUUUCCCGAACGCAAUUGAAGGCAUUUAAUACACAAUUUUGAACUUAUUGCGAUGCGCUGUUAAUUCAUAGCGACUUAUUCGAUUCUCGACUAACAGGUCAGACGUUCAGCGGCGCUUACGGUUCUGCGCACCCAUGCUACGCAUCCACGGCGACUCCGCGUAGCAGAGGUCAAAGAAGAGGCGUUUAACGUUCCCCGCAUCCUUCGAAUAACAGAAACAAAUGCACAAACACGUUCGAGUGCCGCGUUCGUGUCGCGGCGCGAUCGUUAAACACUAUUAUCACAAAUAACCAACGAGGAACGGUAAAAAAUCUACGGAAACAAUGGCCGAACGCUCGGGACCGGUGCUGAGAGGCCAGAGGGACCCCCUGCUCGGUAACCAACGGGUUUAAAUUGUUAAUAGCCGCGCCGACGAGUGGGUAUGUUUUUUUUUUUUUUUUCUGUUGUUUGCGUUUAACAUAGCUGUGUACACAUAGAUAUUCGACACGUACGUACGUUAUUGGAUCUCGCGCGAAGUUCGUUUCCAAGCGUCGCGAAGUUCGAACCAGUCUUCUGAUACUUGCUGCAAGCACGCUGCGGAGUUUUCACGAUUGUUAUUCUCUUCACUCUCGUCGGUAGGGAGGGGAUGAGGGGGAGGAAGAGGGACGGGGUUCGAUCUGAAAGAAGCUCGAGAAGCACACCGCGGGUAAGCUUCACGAAAAAAACGAAGGGGUUUUCGCGUAUUCCUCUGGCAUUGUCUAAACUUCACCAGGCUCACUGAAAUACUAUAGCGAGUCCCGUUUGCCGAGAUCAAACUGAACGUGGAUCCCUGACGAGUCCGUUCGUCCUUUCUACGUUUUUUUUAGUCUUCUUAUGUUUCCGUUUGUAUAGCCGGACGCGAUUUAUUCGUGAAACGAAGUAAGACACCGAAGAAGCUCGAAUGUUUGUGGCGAUCACCGCCUAGUCGGGGCGGAAUCCUCUUAUUGGAACGGUCCUGGAGCCGUUCCCAGGUGGUUGCACCGGCUGUGCUCGGUUCCGCGGCACAGACGGUGCCAGGACUCGAAUGCUCGCGCCGUUGGGAGCCUUCAGAACGAUUGGAUCCUCACUUUGGAGGUCCUCGAGUCAAAGGUGACGCGC